CUCAAGAAUGAACUUCAGUCACACUUAAAAUUACAAAAGUACAAAAUUCUAAGCAUCCAAAAUCUUGUGAUAACAUCAGUGAUGCGCUGCUUAUGGAAGAGAAACUGGAGUUGACAGCAGUUGCGGGGGAAAUCCACUUAUCUUUUCUUCCUGCCUUUAUCUGGUUGCUUUAUUGGGAACUAGAAAAGGGAUUAAAAGCUGUAGAGACCGCACAGGAUGAGAACCUGAAGGCGGUGAACAUGUAAAUCAGGUGUGAACACCCCCUCACACACACUGGCAGCAUCUUACCCUUUGCACUGCAAACCAGCUCCUUUCCAUAACUGUCUCCUUUUUGAGGCAGGGGGCCUCCUCAGGGGUCCUUCCCUUGUGUUUACUGAUGCAGUCUUGCCUUUAAGUAGGGCAAGUCCUGAGCUUUGGAGUUGGGUAGACUUGGUUUCAAAUCCUCGGCAGAUUUAGAAACAUACUAAAUGUGACUUAGAGUUAAUGUGAUUUGGAAACACUGCAAUAAUAUAUAUAGCCUCUUAACUGAAAUUCUGUGAUGUUCAGACAUUGAAUGGUUUACCUGCAUUUGAGACUAGAUAUCACCCUAUUUUCAAGUCAGCUGACCAGUCCUUACUUAUUUUCUCAUAAGCUGGAGACCCAGUGGUGUUGUCUGAUUGUGUUUGGGUGACAUAAAGUGUCAGUAUUUACUGGGCGCUCACAUUGCAAGGUGGAUAAUGAUUCUCAGGGGAUCCUCACUUCUCCUUUUUCAAAAUAAAUCUUCAGCCAUUUGAUGAAAGGUUAUUUUAUUUAUCUUUCUAGCAUUUGUACUGUACCACUUUUAGGAUUGCCUUGAGUUUAGGUAAACUGUCUCCAACUUACUCAAAUCUGUGUUAGCUCAGCUCUCACUCACGGUUCCUCGAGCUCUGCAGUGUUGUGACAAAUACAUGCACAAUUAGUCUAGUUCUGAGCUUCUGCAGGUAUAAUUAAGAGGAGCACCUGAUGCCAGGUGUAUUUGAGGUGGUAGACAAAUUUAGACGUCGAUAUGUGAGGAGCUCAGCUCUGUCAGACUUGGCUCAGCCCUCAUGAUUGGCCAGGCAUGGCGUUAGACACAGUGCAAAGCUGAGGAAUGUUCCGAAGUACGUUUCCAGCGUGCUCACAUGUGUGUGUGUAACUAAAAUGAAUAUAAAACAAGCUAAGUGGGCAGUCUAGCUCAGAGGGAAGAGCACACAUUUGGGGGACCACCCCCAUUUCUCCUAUAAGCGUACAGCGCCUUCCUGACAGGUGGGCCUGCAUCUACUCCCUGUUACCUACAAGCCUCCUUUCUCACAACAUUUAGAGUGAUUUUAUCCAAACACAACUCUGAUUCUCCAUCACCUUCCUUCCCCUUCCACAACCCAGGGCUCACGUUGCCUUUGCACGAGGUCUGAAUUUCUCAGCAUGCCUCUCAAGGCCCUGUGUGACUCGGCCGCUCCGGCUCACUAAUGAGGCCAUUCAGUUCUGGGGUCUCCUGAGUCUGAAAGGCCUCACUGAGGUCAAAGUGUGAGCAGCGCCCUGCUCCGUCCGGAGGACCUCAGGAGGAGUCUCUUCCCUGGCCUGUCCCAGUUCCAGGAGGCCGACUGCAUUCCCGGGCUCAGGGCCCCAGCCCCAUCCUGAAGGCCAUUUGCAGAGCAUCUUCACAUCUCUGACUCUGUGACGUCUGCCUCCCUCUUUCACUUUCAGGGACCCUUGUGAUGACGUUAGAGUCACCCAGGAAUGUAAUGAAUUUACUUACAAGCUUGCAGAAGAAACCCGAAGGCAGCCCUUUGGGGCAGCAACACCAGGCUACGAUUUCAUGGCCCGAUUGAGAAGUGGAAUGGAGUUGAUCCUCCCUCCCAACGCCCAUGAGCUGGCCCACAACCGACUGCACGUGUCCAUCUCUAACACCAAGACCAGAGAAAAUUACUUAGUCUCAAGUUUUUCCUCCAGAGAGGAUCUCAUUAAGGUUCUCCUGGCGAGCAGCUUCCUGCCCAUUUAUGCAGGACUGAAGCCAGUGGAAUACAAGGGGCAGAAGUGGAUGGAUGGAGGCCUCACCAACAGCCUUCCCAUCCUGCCUGUAGGCCGGACAGUGACUAUCUCCCCCUUCAGUGGACGAUUAGACAUCUGCCCGCAAGACAAAGGGCUGCUGCACCUGUACAUUAACAUCACCAAUCAGCACAUAAAGCUGUCCGUGGCAAACUUGGUGAGGUUUAGCCAAGCCCUCUUCCCACCAAGCAAGAGGAAAAUGGAAUCACUGUAUCAACAUGGGUUUGAUGACACCAUUGAGUUUUUACUUAAAGAAAAUUGGUUUGAACAGAAUGCUUAAACGUCGAUGACACAAAACAGAUAUCACACAGUUUUUGAUGGAGACUUGUAAUCAAAUCGUUUUUUUAAAAAAAAAUUCAGGAUUCCCCAUUACCAGUUUCUGUAACAUUCAUAAUUAUUUUUAUUAUUUGAAUUAUUACUUGGUACAAGGAAAUAAGAAGCAUUUUGCUACAAUUCGGCUGUUUCAUUAGGACACAGUCAGGUGAUAAGGAAACCUUUCCAGAGAACAAUCGCAUCCUUUGAAAGGUCCAUUUAACAUUUAGGAGGGCAGGCUGUCUGCGUAAACCAUGGAAUGCUGGAAAUGGAGGGCCGCCGCCUGCACGCUAUCUUUACAGGGAAGGAGGCAGCAUCUUAGACACGAAACAGUAUUUCCGUGAGACACCAGUGCCCUGUAGUUCCAGAACAGAAGGAGCAACUUUCUCAGGCUGAACUUUUCUCCGGGCCGAACCCCAGUGUCCGAGGCAGGGAGGGGAAGGACUGGAGCAACGGGCAGCACCACUAAGGCUUUGAGGAGGGGUGGAGGAGCAACGGCUUGCUGUUCACAGCUGCUGUGCCUGGUAGGCUGGUGGACUGGUAGGCCAGGAGCCCACGAGGUUUUGACACUAGGUCUGUUUUCCUUAUUCUUCAGUAGUUUCCCCUUCCCACCUUACUCCUUCCAAAUCCACCCUCCAGCUAAGGUGGUUAUCAGGCUAUUUUGAUGCGUCCUUGUUCUAAAGCCUAGGCUGCCGUUCGUGUUCUCUGUACAUCUCUCUCUGUCUCUCUCUUUCUCCUGUGUCUUGGGCUCUCUGUCUCUCCAUCUCUUUAUUUGCUCCCACAAGGCCACACCUCAACAAAUACUUAGCCUUUAGUUUACAUACUCUAUCUAUUUAUGCUAGGAACUCAAAACAGGUAAUACACUACUAAACACAAGGGACCAGGUCAACCAAACAGCCUGGUAAAUAAGGAUCAUAUCCACAAUAAUCAUUCACGUAUUGUUUUUAUAUCAUGUUCUACUGAUCCCAGGUCUUACAUUUUUUGAGCAGUUGUCCUAUCAUUUUGAGGACCGCAUAUGAGUUUAUACUAAUUCAUAUACACUGUCUUAAAAUCGUUUCCUUGGGGCUUUGCCAAGCAUGAACUCUUAAUUACUUAAGAAGCAGUUAGAAACAAACCAGUUUAAUUGCUUGUCUUUAACUGCUUUGCAUUUCUCUUUCUGCCAUUUGAAGCCAUUGUUUAAAUCAAUUUUAUGGUUCUUAAAAGCCCCCAAUACACAAUGUUUAGCACAUAAACACUGACAAUUGCCUCCUUUCUGCCAAGUCCUGCAGAGGCUCAAGGUAGAGUCGUCAAGGUAGAGUCGUCGCACCUCUUGGACUGUGUAUGUUUUUCUGACUCUAGCAAACGCAGUUAAAUCUUCACAUUGUUCUAGUGAGUGACAUGAUGGGGAUAGAUACUCAGUUCAUUCCUGCAUCUGCUUAUUCACUGGAUUCUCCUCUUUUACCACUUUCUGGGACCAUUCUAUUUGUAGAAAGUUUAGUAAAUUGUUUAUCUGAUGCUUCCUCUGAGCAAAAACAAGCCUAAUUGUGUUAGACUUUUAAAAAGUAUUUUGUCCCUAGUUUAUAUGUCUUUGACCUUGUUGGUAGAUGGUACUUGCCUUGAAAACCACUGUAAGUUCAUGGACACGGCAGUGCACUGGCUUUCUAACGCGAGACACAGGUGGCAUUGCGACGCAGCCCGCAGUUUGUCUGCUCCAGGGGACACUGUACCAACUUCUCACGAGAGGCAAGUCACAGAGCGUGCUCUGGGGUGCGAAGGCUGUGUCCGCAUGCAUCUGUGCUAAUGGGAAACACGCAUCAACAACAGGCUCUGCCCUAUUAUUGGGAUCAGCAUUUUGAGGCGCUGUAGAACUGGUGUGUGGAAAGUCUGAAGAGACUUUCUGACCCAGAUCCUGAUAUGUUUGCAGGGUAAUUACUGUGACUGGCGGCUUGAUAAGUUCCCAGUUCCCUACUGGGGUAAUUUCCUAAUAUCUUUACAUUGUCAUUUAAAAUUUCCCUGGUCUUUCCUUUCUUCUUUUCAGUAACACUCUUUACAUUGUAACUAUGGUAACCCGCAGCUUGCACUGCCAAUGAGAGAACAUAGAUUUGGUUUCUAAGUUCAAUAAUGCUCUAAAGGAGCGAGCGGUGGAUUAAACACAAAACGAAACAAAACAAAAAACUGUUAGUUCUAGUUUCACAAUAUUGGACGUGGCGCGUGUAUAGCAGAAGUUUGCAAAGAAGCCGUUGAACGGCUCUGGGCAUUUAAUUAUGAAUCUAAACAGACAAGGGCACUUGAAAUGGACAGAGUUUGGUUAUGCUGCUUUUAAAUUUUUUCUGAUGAUUAAAACAGACGCAUAUAAUUACUUCCCUUUUUGUAAGUGUUAAUCAUAGAAAGUUUUCGGAUCUAGUCUGUUCUUUUCAUAGUUGAGGAACCAAUAAUUAGCAAAGUUCAGGGUUUUGAGGUUAUUCUCGCUCAAGCUCUAUCUAUACUAUAGCAAAAUAAAAUUGAAAGGUGAAGUAAUUAUCCACAUAACUCAAAGCAGGAGAAAAGGCGAUGAUUGCAGAUUAGGAAAAGAUGAUUUAAAAAAAAAAAUAAUCAGAGCAACUACUAAUUACUAGUACUUAUAGUACUGUAUACUUAUGUAUUAUAUAUAAGUACUUAUACUAAUAAGUACUAGUAAUUAUUAGUUUAGUUAGGCUGAAAUUACCAUGUAAUUGCUCAACUCUGCACUUAACCUUGGUUACGUUGAUGUCUGCCAGGCUUCUCUCCUAGAAUGUUACUCUGUCCUCCUUUGUCAUUAAUAAGUAUCUUAUGGGGAAGUAUUUCCAACAUUAUAUAACGAUCUCAUUCUUCAUCAGGUUUUCAAUUUUAUCUACACGGACUCACGGUUUCCUGCUUUUUCCCAGGAAAUAGUAUCUGCUACGCUCCUCAUUUCUUUUGAUGUGCGAGUGGCCCUCAGCUUGCUCAGUAGGACCUGUUCUGGUGGACGGCUGUGCCCUUUGAUGGCUCCUCAUCAUUCUCUGACCAGUGCUUUGCUUUCUGGAACAACAUUCUCCAGGCUUAUCUUGUACUUUUGCUUCCCCCAUUCUGGAAUCAGUCGUGUCUCUAAGGGCUGUAAUUCUUUUAAUAGAAAAUGGCAUUUAUAUUUACGGUGUGUAUAAACCAAAUUUACUACCCAAAUGACAAUAUUAUUGGUGUAAUGCUGCUCCCAGGUCCUCUCAGUGAAUAGAGUUAGGAAAUUUGCAGGCAUAUGGAUGUGUGCGUGCAUGUACCGACAUUUACAUCUAUAUUUAUCUAUGUAUCUGUCAAUGAAUCUACCCACCCAUCACUUAUCUAUGUAUCUACCUAUUUCACAUAUAUGUAGAAGCUGUCCUUGCUUGCCUACCUGAUGGUGAUGUCUGUCUGUCCAUUGUUCAAUAAUUGCAUUCUGAUAGGGCAACAAUAAAAUUCUAAAUUAAGCCACUAUGCGAAUUGCCUAAAAGAAGGAAGAAAAUUCUUGUCAUAUGCAUUAAAAUAAAUAAAUUUUAGUAUGCAUGUUAGAUUAAUAAAAUAGCGGCACUCAGUUAAGAAUAAAAAGUUUCAAUAGAAAAUGAUUCAAAAAAAUCGUUCAUGGUUAAAUGACAAGCCUGUGCCUUAUAAUAAACUGUGAAAGAUAUUACAAUUAAAUAAGGAAUAAGAGAAGAUGCCUGACAUCUCUGCUAUUAAGAAAAGGGUUCUAGAAACUCUAGAAAAUACAGAAAGAUAAAUAAAAGCUGGGAAAUGUAAAAAAUAACAAAACCGUUAUCAUCUGUAAGUUGUGCAAGCGCUGUGCACAUGACCUAAUGCACCAUAAAUCCUCAACAGUUAGGGAUAAAAAUGAGUCAGUGCCUAAGAAUGCAAGAUAAUCAACUAGAAAAGUGUUAUGAGAAGUUAAAAACUAUCCAUGCAAAAAAUCUAUAGUAAUAGAUGAAAAUUGAUACUACUUUUAUACCAGCAGAAUGUAAAACAUGAAACAAUGCAUCCACAAUAGCCAAAAAGUCACAUAACUUCUAAAAACUGUGCCAGACACAUGUGAAAGUUCUGCACAUUUACCUGCUUCUGCAACGAUGACAUCUAAUGUUCCAGAAUGGGGAAUGAGGUUCUGGGUGGUGUCUGGUCUCACAUCACAUCACAAAUUUCACACAUUCCAUCACACUGUCAGUAUUUUUGUUUUCAAAAUGUGACAAAUGGAUGUUAAAGUUCACCUGGCAGCAUAAAUGCUCAAUGACAGCCCAGAGAGAUGAAGUAAUUUUGUAGCCUUAGCCUUAAUAUCUUCAGUGAAUUUUCUCUUAGUGUCUUUUUUCCAUUUUUUCUAAGGAGGCAUUAGAGAUGUUUCUUAUUUAAGAGAAGUCAAAUAAAGAGAUCACUUUUAGGACAGUUAACUGUCAAAAGUUUUUAGUGCAUGUGACAGAAGCCCAGUUCGAAUUACAUUUAGCCAAAGAAGAAUAAAGGAAUAAAGGAAUGACUUGUUCAUUUGGCAAUACAAUCUAGGGUGUAUCUGGCACAUCUCGACACAGCUGCUCAGACAUAGUCAUCAGAUAGCAUCAGUCUUUAGAACAGGGUCUUUCCAGAUGGUGAAGUAAGAUGCUCUCCAAGCAAAGCUCAUGCUUUACCAUAUAAAUGGACAAAGUGCAUAGGGAGGAUUUUUCUUAAUAGGCCUAAUAGAAAAGUCCAAGAGAAAAUUCUGGUUGGGUAUGACUGGGUCUUGUGCCAGCCAUGAUCUCCUGUGGGCUUGGAGGCUGGAUACUCUUGACAGUUCAGGCUAGGAGCCCACAUUCUCCUCUUUGACCUGAGGCCCAAAUAAUAUGGAAAGAGGUAAAUAAUGAAGUACUUUUAUUUCUGGCUUUUCUAAAGAAUAAAACAGUACUCACACAGUAGAGCUAUUUAAAAAAUCUCUUGCUCCAAAGAAGCCCAAGUUGGAGAGUUUCAUCAUAUGAGUAGCCAACUGUGUGGCAUUCAGCAGGGAAGGCCAGUAAGAUGGGGCUGGAAAAGCCAUCGAUGGACUGUCAGAGUUGGGUUUUGUGGAGGGAUAGACUCAGGAACCAGAGGGGAAGCCCAUAAAAGUAUGUAGACAAGAGACCAGUCUUUAGCUUUCAAAUGACAGCUUGCCAAAAAAUUAAGUUUUUGAGCGAUAAUCCUUUGGGGUCUUGCUUUAACGGAGCGUCCCUUGGCAACUUGUGAGAAGUGCAGGGCCUCAGGCUUCAUCCCCCACCUAACAGACAGAAUCUGCAUUUUAACCACUGUCCCAAGUGAUCCAUUGAGUUUUGAGAAAUGCUGCUUAGAGGGUGGUUUCCACGGUGAAGGGAGUAAGAGAUCGUUCUAGGAGGGUAAUACAUGGCAGAGGAUACAGACAGUAUUGCCAUGAUUUUAUAGACAGACUUUUUUUCCUAAGAUGUUUGAUCUUAAAGGGAUGGAGAGAGGACAGCAGACUUGGAAGUUAGAUGUAUGGUAGAUGUUGUAUUUGGUUGGUGAACAUAGGGAGACAGGGAAGGAAGAGUUGGGUGUGUUUGCCAGCAAACAAGGAAGGCCCCGUGUGGAGGAAAGGAAGAGAGAACAAAGGGAACCCAUUUGGGGGCAAAUUUCUGAUGAAAGUUGGCACCGGCCAGAUCACAAACUGGAUGGAAGACAGAACGCUUUGAGAGAGGCAUGAUCUCAGGAAGAGGAGACAUUGGUGAUAACAAACAUUUUUGUGUGGUAAAGUGAACAGGGUGCUGGGCUUUCAUCUCAAAAUAAAACGCAGAUCAUCUAAGUUUAGAACAGCUGUGCGAAAAAAUGUGAGUCUGCCAGGCCAGCUGAGACUAUUUUGAUUGUUAGUGAAACCAACACACUGCCUUUAUGGCUUUUCCACCACGGUUAGGUAGCUGCCACCUAGACAAAGAAUCAGGGCUGCAAUGGUAAGGACUGGGCAAACAGCAAGUGGAAGGUUCUGGAGGGAAGGGACCUAGGAAGUAACAAAGCUCUCCAGUGUCAACCACCCCAGGGUCAGCUGCUCUGGGUUUUGUUUGGACAGAAUAAUGGAUUGGAAGAAGUGACGGUUGAGUCUGGGAGAGAAACAUGGAAAUACCACAGUUGCAAGGUGUUUUCUUUGUAAUGCAAAAUUCCAAAAAAACGUUCUAUACCUAGAACUGUGCUGGUAAGCAAGUUUCUAAAUGCAUUAGAGACAGUCGCUUUACCUUUGACAUUAAAAGUAAAUGAAAAUACAAAUUCCAUUAUCAUUUGAGGGAAAAGUCUAUUAAUAAGUGAUUGGGGAUUCUGCAGUAACAUAUUUUAAUGAUUAGUAGUGAUAACAUUUGUCUUUCUACCUCCAGUGGUAGAAUCUCCUCUGCAGUUUACUUAAUCAUGUGAAAUAUUCAUAAAAUAGUUUACAUGUUAUUUUUAUUACACUCAACUUUUACAAAACUCUUAGUUUUCAAGUUCUAUUAAAUUAACUUUAAUAUUUAAAAAGAGCCCUUAGCAAAUGUUUGCUAGUAAAGUCACCUUCCUGCCACCACGUUGCGAUAAAAGUUUUGCUCCUUGCUUCUGCUCAAAUACCACAGUUCCCCGGACCCUUCUCAGAACCAUCCAGUCACCUCCCCGUCCACAUGGAGGAAGGGAAGUGCAUCCAGUGGGGGGUACCACCAGCUUCUCAUAACCAGUUCGUUAAGUCAUCCUGUGCUUAUCCCAGCCCCCUUCCCUCCCUCUUGCUAAAGUGGAGAGAAGGUCUCUGCCCCUCUCCCAGCCAGCGUUUGUGCAUUUC